CCGCCCCCGGCCCGGCCCUCCUCCCUCCUCCCGCGCCCGCGCCCUCCUCCCUCCCGCCUCCCCAGCUGUCCCGUUCGCGUCAUGCCGAGCCUCCCGGCCCCGCCGGCCCCGCUGCUGCUCCUCGGGCUGCUGCUGCUCGGCCCCCAGCCGGCCCGCGGCGCCGGCCCCGAGCCCCCCGCGCUGCCCAUCCGUCCCGAGAAGGAGCCGCUGCCCGUUCGGGGAGCGGCAGGCUGCUCGUUCGGCGGGAAGGUCUAUGCCUUGGACGAGACGUGGCACCCGGACCUGGGGGAGCCCUUCGGGGUGAUGCGCUGCGUGCUGUGCGCCUGCGAGGCGCCCCAGUGGGCUCGCCGUGCCAGGGGCCCUGGCAGAGUCAGCUGCAAGAACAUCAAGCCCGAGUGCCCAGCCCUGGCCUGCGGGCAGCCGAGGCAGCUGCCGGGACACUGCUGCCAGACCUGCCCCCAGGAACGCAGCGGUCCUGAGCGGCAGCCGCCGGGCCUGUCCUUUGAGUAUCCGCGGGACCCCGAACACCGCAGUUACAGCGACCGCGGGGAACCGGGCGCGGAGGAUCGGGCGCGCGGUGAAGGCCACACUGACUUUGUGGCGCUGCUGACAGGGACGAGGUCGCAGGCGGUGGCACGUGCCCGGGUCUCACUGCUGCGCUCCAGCCUGCGUUUCUCCAUCUCCUACCGGCGACUGGACCGGCCCACCAGGGUGCGCUUCUCGGACCCCACUGGCAGCGUCCUGUUUGAACACCCUGCAGCCCCCACUCAGGACGGCCUGGUCUGUGGGGUGUGGCGGGCAGUGCCUCGGUUGUCUCUGCGGCUCCUCAGGGCAGAACAGUUGCAUGUGGCGCUCGUGACACCCACUCACCCUUCAGGGGAGGUCUGGGGGCCUCUGAUCCGGCACCGGGCCCUGGCUGCAGAGACCUUCAGCGCCAUCCUGACUUUGGAGGGCCUCCAGCAGCCAGGUGUAGGGGGAGUCACUCUGCUCACGCUCAGCGACACAGAAGACUCCUUGCAUUUUUUGCUGCUCUUCAGGGGGCUGCUGGACCCCAGGAAUGGGGGGCUGUCCCAGGUUCCCUUGAGGCUCCAGAUUCUACACCAGGGGCAGCUGCUGCGAGAGCUCCAGGCCAAUGGCUCAGCCCAGGAGCCGGGCUUCGCCGAGGUGCUGCCCGACCUGACAGCUCAGGAGAUGGACUGGCUAGUGCAGGGAGAGCUGCAGAUGGCUCUGGCGAGGACAGCUGGGCCGGAGCUGCGCAUCAGUGGGCACAUUGCUGCCAGGCAGAGCUGCGAUGUCCUGCAAAGUGUCCUUUGUGGAGCUGAUGCCCUGACUCCGGUCCAGACCGGGGCUGCUGGCUCAGCCAGCCUCACACUGCUAGGAAAUGGCUCUCUGAUCUAUCAGGUGCAGGUUGUAGGUACAAGCAGUGAGGUGAUGGCCAUGACACUGGAGACCAAGCCUCAGCGGAGGAACCAGCGCACUGUGCUGUGCCACAUGGCUGUGCUCCGCACGGGGGGACAUACGACUGCAGGUGUCUGCCCUGGGCUGGGUGCCCGAGGGGCGCACAUGCUGCUGCAGAACGAGCUGUUCCUGAACGUGGGCACCAAGGACUUCCCGGACGGCGAGCUGCGGGGGCACGUGGCUACCUUGCCCUACAGUGGGCACAGCGCCCGCCAUGAGACACUGCCUGUGCCCCUGGCAGGAGCCCUGGUGUUGCCCCCUGUGCAGAGCCAGGCAGCUGGGCAUGCCUGGCUCUCCCUGGAUGCUCACUGUCACCUGCACUAUGAAGUGCUGCUGGCUGGGCUUGGUGGCUCAGAGCAGGGCACCGUCACUGCCCACCUCCUCGGGCCUCCUGGGAUGCCAGGACCCCGGCGGCUGCUGAAGGGAUUCUACGGCCCAGAGGCCCAGGGCGUGGUAAAGGACCUGGAGCCUGAGCUGCUGCGCCACCUGGCUCAGGGCACUGCCUCCCUGCUGAUCUCCACCAAGGGGAGUCCCAGAGGGGAGCUUCGGGGGCAGGUGCACAUCGCCAAUCACUGCGAGGUGGGCGGCCUGCGUCUGGCUGCGGCCGGGGCCGAGGGUGCGCAGACACCUGGGGCUCUGGAUGCAGCGGCAGUGGCAGCUGCGUUGCCAGCACCGCCCCCUGUGCCUGGUCCUGAGGUCCCAGCACCCGCCAAACCCGGUGGUCCCGUGCGGCCCCGAGACCCCAACAUGUGCUUCUUUGAGGGGCAGCAGCGUCCUCAUGGGGCGCGCUGGGCGCCCAACUAUGACCCGCUCUGCUCCCUCUGCACCUGCCAGAGACGGACAGUGAUCUGUGACCCUGUAGUGUGCCCACCACCCAGCUGCCCCCAGCCGGUACAAGUGCUGGACCAGUGCUGCCCCGUGUGCCCGGAGAAACAAGAUGUCAGAGAGCUGCCAGGGCUGCCUAGGAGCCGGGACCCAGGAGAGGGCUGCUAUUUUGAUGGUGACCGGAGCUGGCGGGCAGCGGGUACCCGGUGGCACCCUGUCGUGCCCCCCUUUGGCUUAAUUAAGUGUGCUGUCUGCACCUGCAAGGGGGGCACCGGAGAGGUGCACUGUGAGAAGGUGCAGUGUCCCCGGCUGGCCUGUGCCCAGCCUGUUCGCGCCAACCCCACAGACUGCUGUAAACAGUGUCCAGUGGGAUCAGGGGCCCGCACCCAGUUGGGGGACCCCAUGCAGGCCGAUGGGCCCCGGGGCUGCCGUUUUGCAGGGCAAUGGUUCCCAGAGAGCCAAAGCUGGCACCCAUCGGUGCCCCCCUUUGGAGAGAUGAGCUGUAUCACCUGCAGAUGUGGGGCAGGGGUGCCCCACUGCGAGCGGGAUGACUGUUCACUGCCGCUGGCCUGUGGCUCCGGGAAGGAGAGUCGGUGCUGCUCCCACUGCACACCCCGGGGGUCAGCCCCAGAGACCAGGACUGUUCCAGAACUUGAGAAAGCAGCCGAAGGCUCCUAGGGAAUGGCCGGAAGCUGCAUGACCAAGAGGACUGGGCCUGAGCUGGGGGAAGGGGCGGCGCCGUGGACCCCGCGUUCUCCUUUGCGGAAACCCAGUGCCUUUGGCUCCUCCGACCUGCCUCUUCUGCCCACCCCACUACCUCUGGGCACCACCUCCACGGGGGGCAAGCAGCCAGGCCAGGCCCAGGCCAUCUCCACCCCGACUGCUGGCCUGCCCACCCUGGCCUGUGCCCUGAAGCCCAACCCCUUUCCUUUUGUACAUAAUGUCACUGGCUUAUCGGGAGUUUAAUUUAUCCUCACUCAGCACCAAGGGUCACCCCCUUCCCCCCCACUCCACUCCUGCUGCCCCUGAGCUGAGCAGAGUCAUUGCUAGAGAGUCGUGUAUUUAUUAAAACAUUCUGUUUUUCAGUCUU